AUGCACCAGUAUGCUCGGUAUUUCGAGCGGUUCCGCCAAUUAUCUCACAGUCGGCCUAUCGCCGAGUUGGUCCCCUCCGAUACGCUGGACAGAUUCAAAGCUGAAGUCGAGGCGGAGAGUGCCCAGUAUGCUGGCGUGCAGCGAACGGAACUUGAGGUCGAGCGCGACAUCCGAACCAAGAUUGACGCUAUGUACUACGAAUAUUUUACCCAGACGCAGAAUGAGACCAACAAGCGAUGGACAUACGAAUCCGAGGUUAAGCGACCCUACUUCCACGUCACUGAACUCGAAAACUCCCAGCUCGCCAAUUGGCGCAAGUACCUCGACUUUGAGGAAUCUGAAGGCAGCUUCACGCGAGUUGUCUUCCUCUACGAGCGAUGCUUGGUUACCUGCGCGUUCUACGACGAAUUCUGGUUCCGUUACGCCCGAUGGAUGUCAGCACAGGAGGGCAAGGAUGAAGAGGUCAGAAUCAUCUACCAACGCGCCGCCACCAUGUUUGUGCCCAUCAGCCGCCCGGGCAUUAGACUCCAGUGGGCCUAUUUCGAAGAGAGCUGUGGGCGCGUGGACAUCGCGCGAGAUAUUCAUGCUGCGAUCCUGAUAAAGCUACCUGACUGCAUUGAGGCCAUUACUUCAUGGGCACACCUUCAACGUCGCCAGAGUGGACUUGACGCCGCGAUUGAGGUUUUCAAGACACAGAUCGACUCCCCGCAAGUCGACAUCUUCACAAAGGCGGCCUUGGUGACAGAGUGGGCCUGUUUCCUCUGGAAGGUCAAGGGCUCAACCGAAGAGGCGCGCAACGUGUUUCUUAAAAAUGUGCAGUGGUACGCCGACAGCCGCGUCUUCUGGGACAAGUGGCUGGAAUUUGAGCUGCAACAAGCAACUAGUACCGAAGUUGAGGACCAACAUGGCGAUCGUGUGAAGCAGAUCUUUGACGAAUUGCGAACCAAGAGUCGCCUGUCGGCAUCAACUAAGAAGGAAUUAUACCACAUUUACCUUUCAUACCUGCAGCAACGGGGUGGCAAGGAUGCUAUGAAGCAGUUCCUGUCCAUCGAUCGAGAGAUUUAUGGCCCUGAAUCCAUUUCCGUCUUGGCCAAAGGCAAAUCCGCUGGCAAAGAGAACGGUGUUGGCGGAGGCGAGUUGGACGAGACGACAAGACACCGUGCCGAGGCUAGAUACCUGAAGUACUAUGAGCUGCCCAACGAGCCAGACGUGGAAGGCCAAGGGACGGCGUUGUUCAACUAG